GGAAGGCUCUGGCGCGAGCUCACUUCAGUACAGUACAGCGCUGCUCGAGCCAAUACCGCCGAUCGCUCUGGUGCUGCGCCGCUCUCCGCGGUGGAUACGGACCAGCAAGACCAACCCGGAGAAGAAGCGUCCACGAUACACAGCCGAGCCAACAAUAAAACACAAACAAUGACAUUUUCACUGAUAAAACAAACACAAACAACCAUUUGACAACUUCUGAUAUAUCCCGCGCUUCAGCCGCUGCUUGCCGUUACCGCCCCAGCCCUCCGCAGCCCAGAGGCCCCAGCGGGACGAUGAUGCUCAGCAGCUCAGUGGAGGUGGCCAGCCCGGGGGGGAUGGGCGCGGCGGCGGCAGCCCGGAACGUGGUGCGCAGCUCCAGCAUCAGCGGCGCCAUGUACAGCCUGGAGAAGAGCCCCGGCGGCCCCGCCGAGGCCGCCAGCCUCGCCGGCAACAAGAAACGCCGCUCCAGCCUGGGCGCCAAGAUGGUGGCCAUCGUGGGGCUGUCACAGUGGAGCAAGAGCACCCUGCAGCUCAACCAGCAAGACGGCGGGACGAAGAAGCUGCGGAGCACCAUCAGGCGGAGCACGGAGACGGGCAUCGCCGUGGAGAUGAGGAAUCGGGUGACGCGGCAGGGCAGCCGGGAGUCGACUGAUGGAAGCACCAACAGCAACAGCUCUGACGGAACAUUCAUUUUCCCCACCACACGCCUGGGGCCGGAGAGCCAGUUCAGUGACUUCCUGGAUGGCUUAGGCCCCGCCCAGAUUGUGGGCCGGCAGACCUUAGCCACGCCCCCAAUGGGGGAUGUCCAUGUGGGCGUGGUGGACAGGGGUGGACAGCUGGAGGUGGAGAUCAUCCAGGCGAGAGGACUCACCCCCAAACCAGGGUCGAAAAACCUCCCAGCGGCAUACGUGAAGGUGUACGUGCUGGAGAAUGGGGCGUGUCUGGCGAAGAAGAAGACCAAAGUGGUGAAGAAGACUCUGGAUCCUGUAUACCAGCAAGCGCUGCUGUUCGACGAGAGCCCACAGGGGAAGGUGCUACAGGUGAUAGUUUGGGGUGACUAUGGGCGCAUGGACCACAAGUGCUUCAUGGGAAUGGCACAGAUCCUGUUGGAUGAGCUGGACCUGUCGUCCACGGUCAGUGGCUGGUACAAGCUCUUCCCCACGUCCUCUCUGGCCGACCCCACCAUCGGCCCCCUGGCCCGCCGGCUGUCCCAGUCCUCUCUCGAGAGUGCCACCAGCCCCUCCUGCUCCUAAAUCCAGCUGACCCCCCCACUGGCCGGACCAGACCAGACAAAAUCUGUACAGACCCCUCCACACACACACACACACACACACACACACACGCACACCACAUCUCUGCCACUCAUGGCAGAAUGUGCACACAAAUACUGAAAUAGUGAGAGAGACAGAGAAAGACAGAGGGAGAACAGUAUCAGGCAGACACAGAGUCUUCUGUCUCUAAAGAUGAUUUGAUUAUAGGACAGUAGCUGAAACACACAUGCGCCAGCUCUCUUUGUCUUACUAUGUCUCACACACACACACACACACACACACGCGCACCAAGAGAAAGACAGACAGACAGGUUGACAGCAUGAGCAAGAACUACCCACAAUUUUCUCUAUUAAUGUCUUUUCAGACUUGACAGGGUUCUCUUAAAUAUGUGCAGUAUGCUUGUACAAUAUGAGUAUUUAUACAGCACACAUUUAUGUACAUAAAUAUACACAUUUAUGUACAUUCCACCCCCAAUAAGGUGGGGGUGGAAUGACACCACAGGAAAAAAACACAUUAUGUGAACUGAGAUGUGUGAGCAUUCUAGGCAAUUCUCUUUCUUUUGCCAUCAAGUUAAAAUGGUCAGAGAAGCAGGAAUUGUGGGGGAGAGCAGGGAAGAAAGGGGCUGGCCAUCUGUCUGUCUGUCGGUCUGGUGUAAUCACAGCAUUGUUCACACUAAGCUGAGCGUUUACCCUAAAAUUUACUGACACAACAAGCCAGCCAAUCUGACUGAUGUGUUCAUGAGCGUAAAAAAGAAUGUUCCAGCGAUUUAUUUUAUUAUUAUAAUCGUUAUUAUUUUUAAAUAUCUUUUUAACAAAGAUGUAGCAUUCACUUUACUUCCCUCCAGUCCCUCACUCCCCGUAACCAGGAAACCACUUGACUUUGGUUUUCUGUGCUUGAAUACAAACGGAAAUUUCUGGGACAGAAACGUAUUCACGCUUGACCAUAGCGUUCCUAGGUACCUCUCAUUCCAGAUCAUUUAAACAUUGAUAAUCUGUCUAUGCCAAACCUGAAAGAAAAAAAAACUUUAUUUUUUAAAACCAAAGCAAUUAUUAUUAUUGUUGUUAUUAUUAUGAUUACUAUUAAAUAUAAUUGCUAUUCUCAAUAAUAAAGUAUGGAUAUGUAGCAGAGUCAAUGACUUCAAUGAAAUGCAAAAAAAAAAAGAAGAAGUAUAAAACACAUAACAUGAAUUUACAAGAGGUACAGAGAGCUAUUGAGGGGCAGUACUACCCAGACAGCCAAAUCAGUCAGCUUUCACUGGUCACGUUCCUAAAUGCACUUAUGUAUGGUUAUGUGAAGUACUGUAGCGCAAAACUGAUUUCAGAGAGAAGAGCUUAUAAAUAUAUAGAUAAGUAUAUAGAUAUCAUUGUGUUCAUAUUUGUAUGUGGCGCAUUCUGCACGUUCUACUUGCAACCCUUCUUAAAACAUAAAAAGUGCUAUUUUUAGCUUGCCUUUAAAAAAAAGUUAGACUAUAGAUCCUGUUCUAUUUAUUUUGCUAAUGUUAAACAUUAUCAGUCUUGUUUAAAGACUGGUCUGCACUGAAAAAAAAAGGAGCAAAGGGUAGGACAGUCUUGUCUGCUCGUGAGAUCUGAGGACUUCCUCGAUGAGAUAACCCUUUCCCCCAACAACAUAACGGGACGAACAAAACGACUCUUACCAGCAUCCACCACAGCCAGCCGCUGUCAAAACGCAUAAGGUUUUUGACAGGGGGGGACACACGAAUACUUGGGACGCACCUAUGCUGGUGAAGAAUGACUGGCAUCACUCCAGGACCUUUGACCUUUGCAAGGGCCUCUGGGAAAUGUGGUCUUCUCUUUGGCCAAGGGUUGACUGUUGCUGGCAGUGCUUUGGUGGAACUCUCUCUGUACACUGACCCACAGUGGACCUCAGCACUAACCUGUGAGUCUACGCUGGUGUACAGCUGUUGGAGGCCUAUUUUUUUUCCGCCAUUUCCUGAUUUCCUGUCUUCUUCAGAACUGUGUUUAUAAUUUAGAGACCAAUGCUCUGAAAGCUGUAGCAGGGCCAAGCUCUUGCAGGGCCAUGCAAGCAACCGGAGAGGACACCAAGUCACUGCAUCUGAGGGCUUUUGGGUUAAGCUCUUAGGAUCUCUGCAUUUCCACAAAGGUGAACUGCUACAGUUAGAUGGCCUGUUCAACCAUUUCCAAUAAACCACACACAAAAAAGUGUCCCAAAAUGGCACAACCAAUAAAAACGGGGGAGAUCCUGAGGAACAACUUUUCUUUCCACUGAAUGCAUAAGCUUUGAAGUUGGAACCUACUCUUGAAAGGGAAGAAAGAAAGCAAAAUCAGCUCUGUUCUAGAAUGUUCCUUUUUGAGAGGGAACAGUAGAAAAUGGGGGAUUUUUUUUUUUUUCAGAUAAAAUCAUUAUUUCUAGUCUUCUAACUGUCACUAAGAGACUCAGCUGACUCUGAUGCUGAAAGAAGAACAUUCCCAUUCCCAGUGAGCCCUUUGACAAGGUCCUAGACGCAGAAUCCAAACUUCAACAGAAAUGUCUUUUGGUCGCGUUCCUUCAUGGAUUCACUGUUUUGUUUCAUACACCCAUCCCUUCUGGGGAAACCCUGGCACUGCCUGAAGCAUCUCUGCUUUUGAUCACUAACCACUGCAGUGAAUUACGUUACACUGGCAGCAACUUCAGAACUUCAACACGCACAACGUUUACAGACAAAGGACUCUGAGGCUGUCAUGGCAACAGACUCAGCAGCACCCGGUAUGAUGGUCACCUCUUAUCAACUCUUUCUUGUUUACAAUAUCCACAACACAUCUGGUCCCCUUAUUACCUUGGAAACAGGGGGGAGAAAUAACAGACAGUGGUGUAGAUAUAGCGAAUGCAUGAGAUGAAAUUUGUGAAAGAUCUCCAGCUACAGAGCAUGUCUGUGGAAGCUGUGCAUGUGUCUGUGAAAGACCAACCCGCCACAAGGAUGAGCAG